GUUGAGUUCACUAGUGGAGAGCUAGAGAGGAGAGAACUCAUUCAGAGAAGGAAGAAGAGCAAGAGAGAGAGAGAGCUGAGAAGGAUUUGUGAUGCACGUGGUGUUGCAUGCCUCAUCGCUCGGUACCCACCUCUUUCUUAUACAAUAACCAAACCCAUAAAGGAUCUCCUGAGUCCUGGUCAUCUCUCUCUAAAGACUACGUAUUUGCAUAACAACAGAAAAUUUCUCUUAUUUAGAAGUCAUCUUUUUUCCAUUUUUCCGUUUUCUCUCUGUAACUCCAUCAAUUUCCUAUGUGUCUGAUGCUUCAUAACCCCCAUUAUUCUAUCUGGGUUCUGUUUUUUUCGUCUUAUUUAGUUUCUCUGUAUUGGGUUUAAGUAAUCUGAUGUGUUGAAUGAAUGCUCACUUUCUUAACUUCUGCUCCAAAAAGACCAUAUUUGAUUUCGCUGAUUCUCUUGAAGUUUCUGAUCUUGGAUACGUGUUUUGAGUUUGCUUUUUAGGUAUUUGAUCUUCAUCCCUGAUGGGUUUUCCGGGAAAGCUUUGAACUUUGUGGGUUGCACUGGGUUCUGUUUUAUGGGUUUUCGGUUCUCUGCUUUCUCUCCAUUGAAGCACAGUCCCUUCUAUGUGGGUUUUGCUUGAACUUUUAAAAUUUUGAAGCAGGGUUUGGAUAUUAUUAAUGGCAGAACUACAUUCCUGUGCUAGCUUGGUUAAUGCUUCUGCAUUGUGUGCGAGAAACAGAGGGUGUUCCUUAGAGUUUUCUGCUCACCCAGCUCCAAUGGGCUGUGACGAGCAGGAUGUGAAAGGAGACAAAGUUAACAUUGUUGCAGAGAUUUCAGCCCAGUUGCAGAGAGAACGUCAGAAAAAUGCAGAGCUUAUGGAAAGAAUAUCUUUAUUGCAAGCUCAGAUACAAGAUAGGGAGAAGGCCUCCCUCCUUAACACUUCUCAGGUUGAUUGCCUCACUGCAACAGAGAGAAGUUUCAAGAAGUUUAAGCGGCAAAAGAUAGAAAAUGGUGAAGUUGGAGAUGCAGAAACUGCAAAGAGUCCUAACAUGGGUGACUCUCCAUGUGUGCCCCUUGAAUAUUCCGAUCAACGAGACCACCUAGUCAACUGGAUGAGCAUGGAUGAGAUGCAGCUUCUAAAUGUUGAAAAAUUUAAAGACAUUGACCUGGCUGUAGAUUGUGAAGAUACAGAUGAUAGUGAUGAUGAGGAUGAUGAGUUCUAUGAUGAGGACAAUGUUGAUAUUGAUGACAAGGAUAUGGAAAUUAAUGACAAAUUAGAUGUUGCCAACACUUUAAAAAUGCAUUUCCAUGAAGAAGGUGUUGAUGGGGGAAUACAUGUGCCACGCACAGAAAGACUCCCUGGUUAUCCAAGCAAACCAACAGGUCUGAGUGUAAGCCAAGAAAUAAAUGGAAAUCAAGACAAAGGUUGUGUGUUACCUGAUUCAGGAACCACUUUUAACAAGACAAAACUUAAAAGGCACAACAGGAGAGAAAACAAAAAGAUUAAAAGAUAUAAAGCAUCAUCAGAGAUCCACUUUUCUGGUUCUGGACAGGAGAGUAGGCAAAAAGGAUAUGGAAACCUCUCAUUGCAUAAGAAGCCCCCAAAGGUGGCUUUUUGUCCAAAGGAAGUCAAGAGAAUAAUAGAGUCAGAAGCACUUCUAUUGAAAAAUGCUCAGUCUCAUACCAUACGGAAGAUCAUCAUCUUUGCUUCUCUUGGCAUAAGGCAUGGGAGUGAAGAUAUGUAUGAAUUAGACUUCAAUCACUUUAGCAUAUUAAGGAAGGGAGAGCCAUUUGUAUCACCAAAAGAUCCUGGGGAACAUGUUUUAUAUGCGCAUCCUGGAGUGAGGAGGAAGGUAUUCUAUCCAAAUCGGCAGAAUCCAAUACUCUGUCCUGUUCAAAUACUUGAAGAAGAGAAGGUUAUGCGCCCAUCCGACCCAAGCUGCCCAUCAUGCUUAUUUUUGUGCAUAAAAUAUGGAGGGAGGACACGUAAUCUUCCACAAAAUGAGUAUGUCAGGCAGCGUAUGGGAAGGAACAAACUGAAAUCUUUUGGGCCACUUAUCUGCCAGAUGGCAAUGCUGGUAAAUAUUCGCGGUGGAAGCUUCUUCUUCAAGGCCUUGGGUAUCACACUUUUGUUUAUGGCUGGUUUUCCCGAUGAUGUUGUUCAAAGGGAGACCAAGUACAGGAACUUGGACCUGCUUCAGAAAUAUUACAGGACAGAUGAAGAUGCUGAAGGGGAGGAGUUGUUUCAACCUUAUCCACUUUCUUUUGACACUUCUAGCCUCAAUUCACAGCAGUCUGCUGGGAAACCAGUUCCGACGAAACCUAGCAGCAAGAAGCAAACAGCCUCAGUAGGCAAGUCCCGGAGUUCGCUGAGAUCUUCAACCCUACCACCUGUUCCUUCUAGCCCUUUAUCACCUAUACCAUUUGGGCUUAUGGGGUAUUCAUCCCUCCAGACUCACGCAAUGGCAGCUUUUACUUCGAUGCCAUCUCGUGCACUAAGAGAUACUCCUACUUCAAACCCUAUGAUUUCUAGUUCCAGCCCCAAAGUCUCCUACCAUGCAAAUCACACACCAACUCAAUAUCCCAUGUUCCCACCCCACCCAACAAACCCAUUUAUGCCAAUUACAUGUUGGCCUCAUAUGAAUGCAGUUCCUUCUUGCCCUUACCCAUCUACAUAUGGUUACCGAUCUUUCCCUCCUUCCACGAAUUACAUCUCUCUUCAUACACUGCCUUGUUAUGGCCUCCCUUCCAGUAUCCCCUUUGGCAGCAAAGUAGUUGAAGGCACUGGGAAGAAAGACACUACCAUGGAGGGAGCUCAGAGGGACUCUGAUAGCAGCUCAAGUAGUUCCAAAGUGAAAAAGGCAUCAGCAAACUGUAAGUAAUGGACUGAUAACUACUCAUGUUUGCUUUCUUGUGUAAAACAUUACAUAUCAUGGAAAUGGAAAUUGU